AUGGAGGGAGAGACGAGAUCCUCCGGGCUGGCAAAAUCUGCCGCCUUAAAACUCUCCGAGAUGGGAGAGAAAACCAAGCGGCUGGGCACCGCGAUGAAGGAUCCACACCGGCAGAGACGGAUCAUAUUAGUGAUUGUUUGCGUGGCUCUCCUGCUGGACAAUAUGCUCUACAUGGUAAUCGUGCCAAUUAUCCCAGACUAUCUGGCUGAACUGGAGAAUGAGCAGUCAGAGCACGUCCACCUAGUGAUCCACCCCAACUCUUCAUUCAACAGCACAAGCCAAGACAAAAUCAACAAGAACAACUUAGACAUCCAGAUAGGAGUUCUCUUCGCCUCCAAAGCCAUCCUGCAGCUCUUAGUCAACCCGCUGUCCGGAACUUUCAUAGACCGGGUCGGAUAUGACAUCCCACUUUUAAUUGGACUCUCGGUUAUGUUCGUGUCCACCUGCAUAUUUGCGAUCGGGGAGAACUAUGCGACGCUCUUCUUUGCCAGAAGUUUGCAGGGCCUGGGCUCUGCUUUCGCGGACACGUCUGGGAUCGCGAUGAUCGCAGACAAAUACACGGAGGAGGGCGAGAGGAGCCGGGCGCUGGGCAUCGCCCUGGCCUUCAUCUCUUUCGGGAGCCUCGUGGCGCCUCCCUUCGGGGGCAUCCUGUACGAGUUCGCGGGCAAGAAAGUGCCCUUCAUCGUGCUCGCCUGCAUCUGCCUGGCGGACGGUAUCCUGCUGCUCACCGUGAUCAAGCCCUUCUCCAACAGGACUAGAGAGAACAUGCCGGUCGGCACCCCCAUUUACAAACUCAUAAUGGACCCGUACAUAGCUGUGGUGGCCGGGGCGCUCACAGUGUGCAACAUCCCCCUUGCCUUUCUGGAGCCCACCAUCUCCAACUGGAUGGAGACCACAAUGCACUCCUCCCAGUGGGAGAUGGGAAUCACCUGGCUCCCAGCCUUCUUCCCUCACGUGCUCGGUGUGUACCUCACAGUUAAAUUGGCAGCGAAGCAUCCACACCUGCAGUGGUUUUACGGAGCGCUGGGUAUGGUUAUCAUAGGAGCCAGCUCCUGCACAGUCCCCGCAUGCAAAACUUUUGGACAGCUCAUCGCCCCGUUGUGCGGUAUUUGUUUUGGCAUCGCACUCGUCGACACCGCGCUGCUGCCCACACUCGCGUUCUUGGUCGACGUGCGUCACGUCUCGGUGUACGGUAGUGUUUACGCCCUAGCAGAUAUUUCCUAUUCUGUUGCUUAUGCUAUGGGUCCUAUAGUGGCCGGGCAGAUAGUGCACAAUCACGGGUUUGUACAGCUCAAUCUAGGCAUGGGUCUCGUCAAUGUGCUUUACGCACCAGCCUUGCUGCUGCUGCGCAACGUGUGCCAAAUGAAACCUUCCCGCUCGGAGCAAGAUAACCUGUUAGACGAGGCUCCGCAGGGGCUGUACGAUACGAUCAGGAUGGAGGAGAGGAGAGCUAAGAAGAAGGGCUACAGCUCGGCAGGGAACUGCCUGCCAGUAGAUGAAAAUGGGUUUGACCCAUUCGGAGCACAGCGGUCCUUGUCAGAAGAGUCGUCCGGUCCGGAGUACACUUAG